AUGUUUACUAAAUUAUCAUAAUUUUCAAAAAUAAGCCAAUUUGUAAAAAUAUAAAAAUUGUUUUCAACCCAAAAAAGACCCAAUAUAAACGAAAUUCCAAUGCUUUAGGAUUUUUUAAAAAAACAAAAUAAUCCUAUAAAUAUUUAGCAAGAUAAAGUGCCAUAUUUAACAUAAUUAAAUUUAAAUUAAAAUAAAAAAUAUUUUAUUGAAACAUAUGGAUGUUAAAUGAAUUAAUCAGAUACAGAAAUUAUAAACGGAAUUUUAUAAAAUUCAGGGUAUUAAAGUACAAAAGUAUAUGAAGAAGCUGAUAUAGUAUUUUUAAAUACAUGUGCAAUUAGAGAAGGAGCUGAAAGUAAAAUAUGGAGAAGACUUGAACAAAUACGCGCAGAGAAAAAAAAGGAAAAAAAGUCUUUAAUCACAGGAGUAUUGGGAUGUAUGGCAGAAAGAUUAAAAUAUAAAUUGGUUGAAAAAAAUAAAGUAGUUGAUAUUAUAGCUGGUCCUGACGCAUAUAAAGAUUUACCAAGAUUAAUAGAAAGUUUAAUACCAAACUCAAAUAAUUUUUCAAUAAAUGUGUAAUUAAGUUUAGAUGAGACCUAUGCAGAUGUAACUCCAAUAAGAUAAAAUCCAGAAGGUCCUGAAGCAUAUGUAUCCAUAAUGAAAGGAUGUAAUAAUAUGUGUUCAUUUUGCAUAGUGCCAUUCACGCGAGGAAGAGAAAGGUCUAGAAGUAUAGAAAGCAUUAUAAAAGAAGUAGAAAUAUUAAGAAAUGAAGGAGUAAAGCAAAUUACUUUAUUAGGUUAGAAUGUCAAUAGUUAUCAUGACAAAGAAUCUGAAGAAUAUGAAGAACCUCAUUUAAAUCCUUAAGGUUUUAAAGAAACAUAUAAAUUGAGAUAAGUAAAUAACUUUAAUAAAAAUAAUAGAACAUAUAAAAAAAGGGAAAAGGUGCCAGAUUCUAAAACUUACUUGAAGAAGUUGCCAAAGUAGCUCCUGAAACCAGAUUUAGAUUUACAUCUCCACAUCCCAAAGACUUUCCAGAUCCAGUAUUAGAUGUAGUAGCCAAAUAUCCUAAUAUUGCAAAAAAUAUACAUUUGCCAGCUUAAUGCGGGAAUUCAGAAGUUUUAAAUAGAAUGAGAAGAAACUAUACAAAAGAGUCUUAUUUAUAAUUAGUUGAACAAAUUAAAAAUAGAAUUCCUGGAGUUACUCUUUCUAGCGAUUUUAUAGUUGGAUUUUGUGGAGAAACUGAAGAAUAAUUCCU